AUGCCUGUACUUCCCUCGGAUAUCCUGGUAGCUCCAGCAGCCAGAGACCGGUGGCUAAGGUGGAAGCGAGAUCUUGAGCAGGUCUCACAGAGACUCCAGAAGCGAGAAAAAUAUGUUGAGCUAGAUAGCUUUGUCCCUCAACACUUGCCAUCUCAACGAGUUAGCCAGGCCUCUACUGCAGUUGAAAGUAUUGACUCGCCACCCCACGAUUCAUGCUAUGGAGCACACUCGCUUUUUCAUGUCCCUCGAAGUCCAGCUCACGUUACCAAUACAUGCCCUUCCAGAGAUGCAAUAAGCAUGAUUGGAUCUAAUAGAUGUGGAUCUCCCUUACUAUAUGUUUCACGCAGUGAUAUCUCUAUGGAAGGUGAUGGCGAGGCUGAUGCAGACUUCAUCGACGACACUUUCCACCAAGAUCCUGAAUCUUCGUCACAGCAGGAUGCCAUAGACAAACAAAAGGACAAACACGUGUGUUCUGUGGAAGAUUUGGCUUGCGAGGGUAUAACUGAUGCAUCAGCUGCCGGCAACGCUCAUGACCUAGCUGUAACCCGAGACGAAGAUGAAAUCACCGACACAGUAGGUGCUAUUGCUAUAGAUUGUUAUGGCAAUAUUGCCGCCGGUUCAUCUUCUGGGGGCAUUGGAAUGAAGCAUAACGGCCGCACGGGCCCUGCUGCGCUAGUCGGGAUAGGGACUGCAGUUAUUCCAGCGGAUCCAGAUGAUGAAAUGUGUACAUCCACUGCCGCCGUUGCGAGCGGGACAGGAGAACACAUGGCUACAACCAUGGCUGCUCAGACCUGUGCUGAAAGGAUUCACUCUAGCACGAAGAAAGUGCCUGGCAAGCCAGGAGUCUAUGAGCCCACGACGGAAGAUGAAGUCAUUAAAUCUAUGAUACAGACCGAUUUUAUGGGUCAUCCUGCCGUCAAAUCAAGCCACUGCCACGCAGCAAUUGGUGUAAUGACUGUCAAGAAAACUCAUGAUGGUAUUAUCUUCGUCUUCGGGCAUAAUACAGAUUCCUUUGUGAGUAUGGUUCUUUCCUAA